AUGGCCGACUUCGAGGAUUUCGACAUCAGCGCGAGCUUGCCCGCGAAGGUGGACAAGAAUGUGCCCCCGAUGGAUCCUGGAGAGACGUCGCUGUUCCGGCUGUUGCGGUCGGGGCUCUUUCAGAAGGCGGAGGUCUCUUUGCGAAAGCUUGGGCAGAUGCCAGCAGGGCUCGGAGUGAACGCGCAGGAGGAGACCUGGAGUUGGGGGUUGCUGCACUUCGCUGCGCACAAGGGCGAAGUGGGGCUAAUGGAAUGGCUCCUGAAGCAGAAAGCCAGGCCCGAUAUUCCGGACGAGGAGGGCAACACCCCUUUGGUCCUCUGCGCCAAGUCCAACCACGUUCAGGCGAUGGAGAUGCUCAUGGCCCGUGGUGCAAGCAUCGCGCAGAGGACAAAGGAGCAGGGCUUCACCCCGCUCCUUUGGGCAGCAGUUGGAGGCCACAAGGAGGUCACGAAGAGCCUCCUGCAGGCAGAGGCGGAGGUCGAAGAGCAGGACUACGACGACCGAACGCCUUUGAUUUGGGCCUCUCGGUUGGGUCACAUGGGCGUCGUCAAGAUCCUUCUAAAGGAAUGCCCCGAUCUCACCUGGCGCGACAAAGAAGGGCUUACGGCACUGGAUCAUUGCCGGGAGCACCUGGAGCUCCGAGCUGCGGUGGUGCUGGCGCAGGAGCAAUACACCCGACUCAUGGAGGGUGCCCAGCGCAACGACGUGCAGGCUGUGGGACACCUUCUGGAGCACGGAGCCGUUCCCCGCUACCGGGAUGCCAGUGGUUGGACGCCGCUCCACUGGGCUGUCCUCCAUGAAGCCAGCGAGAUGUCGAAGCUCCUGGUGCGCUACGGCGCCUCGCCGGAGCUCCUAGGCGAAGAGUCCGAGCUUUGCUCACAGCUCGCCUCGCGGGGUCGGCGCGUCGGCACGAAGCUGUCGAAGAUCUUGGGCGCAAACACUCAGCUGCUUGCAGCCGCAGAGGCGGCAGACCUCGCAUCUGCGAGGCAAGCUGUGGAGGAUGGAGCAUGUCCAGAUGCACGCCAGGGCAUGGACGGGGGCGGUGGCGGCCAGGCGCCACGCGGAGGACCCUUGUCUCUGCUCGCACGGCAGGAGGAGAUCCUCCAGGGAGCCGAGGUGGCAGCAGAAAUGGGAGCCGAGCCUCGGGGCGAAGGCAGCGGACGGAACAUGACCGCCAUGAUGUGGGCCGCCAGGCAUGGCUUGGCCGACAUGGUCCGGCUCCUGGGUACCGCAAAUGCUGAUGUGAACUUACGCGACUCGAGAGGCUGGACGGCCGCACUCUGGGGGUCCCUCCGCGGUGAUGCUGAGACAAUCUCGGUCCUCUACCACUUCAAGGCCGAUCUGCUCCAGCGAAGCUGGGAGGGUGACUCGCCGAUGCAUCUCACAGUGCGCUGCGACUUUGCCGCUGCUCUUCAGUGCCUUCUUGCAGCGGACGCCAGCAUCGAGGAGCGCAGCAUCCAGGGGCAGACACCCUUGCACGUGGCCGCGGCGUGCGGCAGCACGAAGUGCAUGCUUGUCUUGCUCCAUUACGGGGCCAAAGUAGCUUUCAAGGACAAGCUGGAUCGCACUGCCAUCCUCAUUGCAGCUUGCGGCGUGAGCCCCAAAGCCUGCGAGAUACUGACUGCGGCCCGCCUUCCCGACCUUCCGGAGCUGCCCAUCCGCUUGGAACAAGAGAACUCGGUCAUCCAAGAGGAGCCGGGUAACGGAUCAGAGCUGACGGAGGAGAUGCUGGACCAGGCUUCCCGCUCCAAGGGACUUCUCGGGGCCAAGGGCAAAGGCGGAGCUGGCAAAACGAUGCCCAAGAGUCCUACCCGGAGCUCGGUGCUUCGGCAAGACAGCUCAACAAGGCGCCCGAGCUUGACGAAUCGGACUCGAUCGAAGGCAAGACAGGCCACGAAUGCUUCAGCGAGCAGUUUUAUGGCAGAAGAGCCGGAGGAUCCGGCCGAGGCAUCUCGACCAGGCUCUCGCAAAAACUCAGUGACACAGUUGCCCUUCGCCGGCUCGCGGCGACCAUCCCGCGAGGUGAGCCUCACGGGAUCUCGGAAGAAUUCCAGGGAGACCGGCAGCGUCACCCUGGGACUCAGCAUGAGCCUUGGCUUCCGACGGCCUUCGCGCGGUGAGGUAUCUGCCACUGGGACGCGGGCAUUAUCUUCCACGGAUGAGGCAUCCAACGACGGAUGCUCCUCCUCGACGAAGGAGGAGACGGCAUUCAAGGAAGAGGUUGCACCCUUCGGCCGUGAGCUACUCACCCUUGCCGCCGAACGGCGCCAAAAGAAGCUGUCCAAAGCUGCACAUGGCGGAGGCAACAAGGUCCUUCUAGACACGGGCGACAAGGGCAUGACUGUCCUGCACUAUGCCGUGGCAGCAGGACGAACAGCAGGCCACUUCCGAGUGCUCAGCAAACUCGUCGAGCUGAAGGCCAACUGUAAUGCGAAGGAGAAGAACGGUCGCACUCCACUGAUGCAGGCCGCAGCAGUCGGCUACACGGAGGCCGUAGAGCGAAUGCUCCGAGAUCCGAGCACAAAGGUCGCUGAGAAGGACCGUGGCGGCCGCACAGCAGCGGAUCACGCGGCAUCGCAGCACAUCCAGAUGAUGAUUGAACGCGCGAUGGUGCAAGACAGGACGGGUCAGCCACGGCAGAGCUUGGAUUUCCAAGACCGCUCGCAACUCUUCCAAACUGACGCAAGCGACAAGGAGGACGCCGUCUUCCGAGUCAGGAUGGAGAAGUUACCAACACGAAUGUCGGCGGAGGCGCUCGAAAACAAGAUCCAAGUGCUGCUCAAGAAGGUUGUAGUCCGGCCAGUUCACAUGGAGGUUGUUAUGGAUCCAAUUAUGGGAAGGCCACGUGGUCACUGCUACUUGGAUUUCUUGGAUUCACAGUCAUCAGAGAAAGCAUUGGAGCUGGAUGGCCUCGAAGUGGCUGGGAGCCGUAUCCGGAUGUUCCGGGACGUGGCUUUAGCGAUGGUCCGGUGA